AUGAUCAUGCUUUCGCGGCUGCCGUCUCCGUCCUGGUGCGCUGCCGUCCGAACGCGCUGUAUUGCGCGAUCUCUCAGUCGAAGGCUCGGACUUUCUUCUGCUCGGCGAUGUCACAUUCCAUUGAGGCGGCCGAUAACUCGAGCUCUUUCUCUGCCAAGUAAGAAACGGCUUCUGUUUUGUUUUGGCUUUUCCUUCGAGAAUUUGGUUUCUUCAGUGAGAGAGACGGUGAUGCGUUUGAAGCAUAAGGUCAAUGGCAAUUACAUAUUUCUAACGUUCUUCUGGCUAUUUUUGAGCUUGUGUUCGUCCUUUUAUGUUUAUUUUUUCUGGAAAGCCAGCAUCCGUGUGACUGCUAGGGAAGGUCAACACGGCAUGGAGCAACUUAUGACCUUUUUCACCCCUGGGGAGGACUAAUUCGAUUACUGUGCUGUCAUCAUCCUUUGAUACAGAAUAUUGCCAUGAUACGUCCUUCGUGGGUUUUCUUGUGAUCCUAUAUCUUUUUUUAUUCGUUUCGUCGAAGGGAGUGCGAUGGUUCUGAUGAUCUGGAACAUCCUUUUUAUCGAAAUUCGACUUCCAAGACGUGGAAGCAGUCUCAGUCAUUGCUUCUUUAGCACUAAUUGUCAUUUAUGGAUGCUUUCAUAAGUUAUUUUACAUAGCAGAUAAAAUUGGAAUGUACUUGGAGUAAAAACUAAUGCGUGAAGCCGAAAUAUUUCUUGUUUUAGUCAUUUAUGCGUGCUAAAUUCUACGCACCAUCUGGUGCGUACAAUAUAUGCCUGCUCUUUAAAUCACAUUGUCGUAUUCACACCCCAUCGACUGAUCUAUUCACCAUGGUUAGUCUAACAAUGUGGAGAAGACAGCGCACACAUUGCUAUUAAUUUUAUACAGUUUGUUGAAGUAAAAUGGGUUUUGAUAUAACAUUUACAGGCUUAUCCAAUGGAGAGCUGGACUCAACCAGACAAACGAAUAUGUCAGAAAUCAUAUUCCUGGGAACUGGCACUAGCGAAGGAAUCCCUCGAGUGAGCUGCCUUACUGAUCCUCUGAAAAAAUGCGAGGUAUGAUUUGCAAAUUCAUUUUAAUUUUACCUUAUAAAUUCAGCACAAUUGAACGGCCGCACCCAAGCUAUCCAAGAUCGGUACAGUAGUCCGGUAAUGUUUUAAAAUCGACUGCCUGACUAGUUCAGCAUUGACGACUUUGUGCCAGAGAUCCUGGCAAGGGGAAGUUUGCUUUAGUACUUGUCCAAUAAUUUAUCCAAGAACUCAACAUCUAAUGAGUUUUGGUUUCAUCAACUCUAAUGGUCGUUUCCAAUUUCUUUCAGGUUUGUUCGAAAGCAACAGAACCCGGGAAUAAGAACAAGAGGCUGAACACGAGCAUCCUUAUACGCUAUAAUUGUUCUGGUGGAAGAUUUAACAUUCUUAUAGACGCUGGAAAGUAUGCGAAUUGAUUGAUGUUUACUUGUAAAUACUUGUCUUACCUUGAAAAUUAUGAUCAUUUCCUGCACAGUUUUUUGCAUUCAUGGUAUUGUACUCGAGAUAGUCUAUUAUAUCUCCUAGUUUUUAUACAUUUUCCGCUCCCUUUCGAUUCAUCAAUUGUUUUCAGUUGAUAGUAAUGCUAGCUUGUAGUCUAGAUGUUUAUUAUUCUUUUUUUUUGUUCUUUUCAGGUUUUUCUACCAUAGUGCUCUAAGAUGGUUUCCCUUUUAUGGGUAAGGGUCUUGAUUCAUCAGUGAAUAACGCAUUACUCGAAGUUCACCUUUUUAUUAGUUUCUAUUGCUUGGGUUUUCAAUAAUUUUAAGAAUAAAAUUGCAUCCAGUUUCAUUGUGGAACAUGCUGCGGACAUGCAUUGAGUUGUUUUACUGGGGUUCGUAUAACCUUUGAUCUUUCCGGUAACAUGUCAUAUUCGCCAUGAAAUUGUGCUGUAGUGCUUAUAUUCGUCGCUAAAUGCUGAAAACUGAGUUGUGGAAAACUUCGUUCUGUAGGCAGUCUCAUGUCGUUUCAUUUUAUGCUCACUUUUCAUUUUUGUUCCGUUGCAAGACUUCUAAUCAGCUCACUGGUCUAAUUCUCAAGAUCACAUUCCAAUGGAUCUAGUAAAAUGUUGUUUUGGAUAUGGAUAUUUUGCCAUUAUUUUGCUCUCUUUAUCAUGGUCGAUUGUCAGAUUUUAGGGGAAGAUCGAUAACAUAUAUAUUAUCUUCUAUUUCUAGUUUUUAUUCAUAUUUUUAUUCUUAUGAUAUUUAGUCGUUUGUUUCUAUCAGGAUAAGGACAAUCGACGCGGUCAUUAUUACCCAUUCCCAUGCAGAUGCGAUUGGAGGUCAUUAACAUUCGCUCAGCUACCUUCCUUCGUUGUGAUAUGCUUAUAAUAAAUGUUAUGGACACGGAAAUCAUGGGCCAAAUUUGAAUAGGAAUUUUCUCAAAAUUUCUUCGUUCUGCUUAUCUAAAUCCCAUCAAAUGCAAGAUUUACCAUGCCAACGUUGUGAACAAAUGUUUCCAACUUAUAGAUCUACCACCCUCCUUGUUUCUAUUUAUUUUAUUGUAUUAAGGAUCGGCUUUGAUAGUGUUUAAUUGCAAGAUAGUUUCAAGUGUUGUUUGAUUCCUUUGCUGUCUAAUACCACUCUUUCCCAUUUGAAAUUUUGAACCCAGGUGUGAUUGAAAAAUACCUUUAAACAAGAGUAGGGCUGUUUAUGUGCCGGACUAGCUUGUCAUGCGUUUAACACGUCACUAACUUCUGUGUUUUGAUUUUGAGAUUCACUCACAAAUCCCUUGUCUUUAACAAAAAAUUGCUACACGACAAGGUUCUGUUUUCUUGUUUACAGUUGAGUCUCUUUUUUCUUUUUUCUCAGGACCAACACCGAUUACCCCUAGGAUGAUUCAUCUCAAAUAUGUUAGCUUAUGCGAUUACUUACUUCUUAUUUUACAGUAAUGGUGCUGAAACCAAUUAAAGAUCAAUGACAACAUUUAAAUCUCUGUCUGAAGCCAACCGAUGAUAUUUCUUGGCAUGGCACCAUAAAAAUCUCUAUUUGAUGACAAGUGUCGCUUCCAUGGCAAUGGCCUUCCAUGGCGGAAGAAGUAUACCGGUGAUCCAAAUUUUCUUUUAUCCUUGGGAUGAAAACCAUUGUAUUGGUUGUCCUCGAGAAUUAUGUUUUUGGUGUACGACUCUUCCUGUCCGUAAAGUCUCCUAAACUUUUCAGCUUGCCUACCUAUUUUCUUGCAAGCCUUUAUUUUCUUUAUAUCAUGAGAGUCGUCAUUUUAUGCUUUCAAUGAUGACAUAGAUCAUGCUAUUUUUUACUGGGAAAUGUAUCAGCACGUGGAUCAGAGUCGUCCAAAGACAUUCAUGGAACAUAAACAAUGUGUCUAAUGCAGGCCUUGAUGAUCUUCGAGAUUGGACAAACAAUGUUCAGCCUUGUGUUCCAAUUUAUACAGCAAUACGUGAUUUUGAGGUUGACAUCAAGAAACUUCUGUCCUCACGUAAUACACUAUUUUUUCUGACGAGAAUAUUAAUCUACUUUGCAUUUAUACUGAACUUUGAAAUGUUAUUGUCUUUUUAUCAACAGAAAUCAGUCGAUUUGCUUCAUUGGCCUUCAUGGGCUUACCGAUACUUGCAUUUAUUUUAAAACAAUGUAUCAAAUGGAGAUAACAAAACAUUGGUAGAUUACUCCAGUUGAAGGUGGGCCUCAGUUAGCCCUUAGAUUAAGUUUCCCUCAUCACAAUCGUUUUUAAAAGAACUAUGAUACGGUACCCCUAAAGACAUAUGUUUGUCGUAGGAAGACAGUCUAGAAGCUUCUGUAGUGAACACUGGGAUAGGAACGGGCUGAACAGUAUAAAUACCUUCCUAUGUGAAUAAGAGAGGGUAUUGUGGUAGAAGGUCACGAGAGGAAAGGGAGAGUGGGGAAUUCUCUCGAACUAAUUCCCAUCUGUUCAUUGUUUUCUCUGUUUUCUUUGAAUACAUUGUUCGUUUUCCUUUCUUUGUCCAAGAGGAGAGAAGGGGAUCGUAUCACACUACUUCCAUCAUCGUGAUGUCAUCAUAUACCCACCAGUGUCAGGUCUGCUUAGGACAUUAGAGGCCAUGUAACCCGAUACCAAUCACUGAUUCUGAGGCCUAGCAACUUCUAAUUGGUGAGUGGGGUCUAUCGACCUCUGGGAGAGGAGCUAGAAGACGCUAGUUGGCUAGUGGUUAAAUCUUUGAGUUCAAUAGAAACGAAAUACAGAGGAGAUGCUGGAAUAUGUAGAGAAAAUAGGGAGGUCAGUCAAUAUAAAUGGAACUGGGAAGUCCACGAGGAAGGGAAAAAAGAAAAAGAAAAGAAAGAACAGCAAGCUAUUACUGACCGCACGUGUAGGACAUGUGAGGCCAAGUGUGUACAGUACAGCGAGCCCAAGUGUAGGACAUAUGAUCAGGCAAAAUAAAAAAUCUAACUGUAAUUUGGAAGAAAAUGCAGGUAUCUGGCCAUAUAUUUCUCUGCCUUUUGAUUAGCGUCGACCUUGAGUUUCGAAGCAUUUCUACCAGUCUACGUUCUCUAUUCAGCAAGUUUUUUUUUAAUAGGUCCCAGUUAUAAUAUUUAUCUUAAAUCUUUCUGAAGCUGGACUAGAAAAGUGCUUUUGUUUUUUACGGAAUAUAUCUUUUAAUAGAAAAUGAACUUGUUCGUCUUUUUGUCCAUUUCCAUAGAUUCAACCAUUCAGCUCCCAGGCACCUGGAUAUUAAUUACCUAACAAUCAUAGCGCACGAUUUUAGUUCAAACAUUGUUUCAAAAAAUUCAGCUCCACGUUUGAAAAAUAACGUUAAAUUAAUUUCUCUUGAUAAUUUAAUAUUCAGGACAGAGGGGCAUGAAUUGUUUCAGGUGAUGCAGAAGACUCACUACUACCUCGUGGACACCAGCGUGAUCAUACCAGGUGCUGCAGUGUCUGACCUGCAGUUUAACAUCAUAAAGGAAGAGCCAUUCACCGUGCAUAAUCUUCAGGUCAGGAAUCUCUUGGCCAUCGCAAAGUGUUCAUCUAAUUCUUAUUGAGGCAAAGAAAAUCACAGUGAGAGGUGAUGUCCAACAUCACGGAUUAUGAUUCAACCUCAUGUUUCGUGUAGAUCACUCCUUUGCCCGUUUGGCACGGCCCGGGCUAUCGUUCCCUCGGUUUUCGUUUCGGCAACGUCUGCUACAUCAGGUAUCCAUCCUCGUUGACUUUAUUUUUUCUUUUUUUAGGCAUCCCGGUUGUGGGCCUGAUCGGAGCCCGUUUCCAUUCAUACCAACAGUGAUGCCAGCGACAUACCAGAAGAGACGUACGAGCUCCUCACCGGCUGUGAUCUGCUGAUUGUGGUGAAUCACCGACCCUACUCUUCUCACCGGAUAUUUACCCAUUUAAAGCGUCCGACUUUGGUGUUCUACUGUGAUUUCUUCAGGAUGCUCUGAGACCCGAUCGCUCCUCGACGACUCAUUUCGGAUUACCAAGAGUAAAAUAUUAUUAUUAUUAUCCUCUCUACUUUGAUGCCUUCUCGGAAAUAUUUCUAAUUUUCGUAAUCCCUUCUUCCUAUCCCUCUCUAUCUAGGCGCUACAGGAGGUCCGCAGAAUCCAACCAAAGAGAACCCUCUUUACUGGUACGUCAUGCAGCUGUUGACUCUUUAUCCUGCUGCCACGUGGCAUGAGAGAUAACGUCGUGUUUUUUUCUUUGGGUUCAUCAGGGAUGAUGCACUUGAUGGAUCACGACAAAGUCAACGAGUAUCUGGGGAGUUUGAUGGAGACGGAGGGGCUGGAUAUUCAGCUGAGCUACGACGGGCUCCGCAUACCGGUCAGUCUCUGA